AUGUGGCCUGUAGAUGAACGGGUCAACGACAUGGGCAUUUGGAAGAGCUCCAUCCCAAAGGAGCUGGGAGAUCUCCGAGAGCUGCGGGAGCUGUGGCUCGGCAGCAACCGGCUCACAGGGUCCAUCCCAUCGGAGCUGGGGCACCUUUCAGCACUGAAGGAGCUCUCCCUUUCCGCGAAUCAACUAUCUGGUGAGACAUCAAUUUCCAUCCCAUCGGAGCUGGGGCACCUUUCAGCACUGAAGGAGCUCUCCCUUUCCGCGAAUCAACUAUCUGGCCACAUCCCACCGGAACUAGGGGCUCUCAGCGAGCUGCAAGACCUGUGGCUCGACAGCAACAAGCUUACAGGGUCCAUCCCAUCGGAGCUGGGGCACCUUUCAGCACUGAAGGAGCUCUCCCUUUCCGCGAAUCAACUAUCUGGCCCCAUUCCGCCGCAACUCGGACAGCUUGGCGCCCUCCAGUACCUCAUCCUCGACGGCAACAAGCUAGAUGUGUUCCCUAGAGCGGUGGCUGAGAGAUUUGCAGUUCAAAAUGUCAGCAUUUAUACUGCAGAAAACCCUUGGACGGAGCCACCAGCGGAUGUGCUGGAGCUGGGUAUGGCCUAUGCGGCCAGGUUCCUCAAGGACCUGAACGACUUCGGAAGGACAUCGUCCAAUCGGCUGAAGGUCGUGCUGGUUGGAUUGGGCAACGCAGGCAAGACGAGUGUUGCCGUUCGGUUAGAAGGUCUUGCGUCGUCGAAGCCCCUGCCGACUGCCGAGGAGCGCACGGUGGGAGUGGAAAUACGGGAUAUACAGCUAGCACCUGGCCCAGCCAAUGGAGGAAGCCGGGGGAACGCCGAACUAGACGUGAAGCUCUGGGAUUUCGCUGGGCAGAGAGCAUACUAUGACACGCACCAGAUGUUCCUCACUCCGGGCGCUCUCUUCGUCCUGGUUGUGGAUAUAUUCGCGUACUCGGAGGACGGGCAUUCUCGGGAGGAUGCUCUCGAGCAGUGGCUUGACAUCCUUCAAGCCCGAGUCCCCGGUUCUGUGGUCUUGCUCGUCGGAACACACAGCGACAUGUUUGACAGUCCAGCCGACUGCAGCAAGCGGGACAUAAUGGACCGGGUUGGCCGCGAGUGCAAGUCAGCCAGAGAACGGGCCAGGCAAGAGUCGGCGGGAAACAGUGACCGGGAGUACGCGGGCGUCCAGGACAGCCGCCGCUACCAACCUCUUCGCAUCGUGGUGGUGGACGAGCUGCUUGCCCUGAACCUGACUCCCUCCGGAGGAGUAACUACCGCGCAGCUCCAGGAGCAUUUUGAGGGAGUUGCCUACGGCGUUCAUGAUGGUUACUCAUUCCCUUCGGUGAAUAGCGAGGUGCCCGAGCCGCACUUGCUCGCUGUCGCAACGCUGGAGGCGGUUCGUCGUGGUGCGACCUUACGCGGUUCGGGCGGCGAUCCAGCAGAGGUAGUGCGCAGGCUCGACGGGGAGAAGCUUGAUGAAGGCCAACCAUUCAUUCUGUUCCCAGAGGCCCUGUCUCUUUUUCUCGAGGUUGCAGGCGAGAAAUCCUUGUUUGGUGGGAAUGCGACCGAGGGAGAACAGGCUUUUCUGGCGGCCAUCACGUUGCACGAACGACAGGGUGCGAUUCUCGUGACUCGUGCCGACGGUGGCGGAGAAAAGGAGGACAUGAAACCAGCAUCUGAACAGCACCUCGUCAUCCACGUGAACCCGGCCUGGUUUGCUGAUUUGAUUCGCCGUAUCGUUGACGUUCGGCUGCUCGACCCGGCGCAGCAGGAAAAGCUUGCUGAAGUGAUCAAGAGACAGUCACCCGCCUCUGUAGCAGAACUGUCGAAACAGCACGGCAGGUUCUUUUUGGCGGGGGAGGUGAGCAAGCGCUACAUGAAGUUCCUCUGGAAAGAACGAGACUUGGAGUUAGGUCCUGCAAGCCCAAGCCUAGCGGCGCCGCCUUUCGAAAUGUCGGAAGAAACCAUCACGACAAUGGUGGAAAGUUUACUUGCCGUUCGGUUCAUGUUUCGAGUGCGACACAACAAGGACCACUACAUCGUCCCAAGCUGCCUUCCUGACCACGUCGGAUGCACUGUGGAUGCCAAGAAACUGUUGGGGUUAGAUGUAGGCGGUGCGAUUUUUUCCAGAAAGCUGCAACUUGGCGGGGAGCAACCCGUACCCCCCGGGCUUAUCCCGAGGUUGCUCGCUUGGUGUAGCCAGGGAGACGCGCGCAUCACAACGUGCUGGAAGCGAGGAGUUUGUUUCGCCUUCAACAGGAAACACUUGGUAUUGCUCUAUGAGCAUCGAAAAGAAGCUGGCAGGUCGGUGAUUGAGUGCCACGCAAUGGGAAGUGCGCACAACGAGAAGGCAGGGGGGACGUUGGACGAUGUGGUCGCAGAGCUUCGCCGGCUUGUUGGUGAUCCCAAGUACGGAUUCCCGGGCAUCUGGCUAUUUUUCGACGGGGGGGUGGAGCAUCAAAAGGCCACCUCCGCUGGCGAACUCGAUAAAUUGUUAUCGCGCUUCGCGGGCGAGUUGAAGGAUCACAUGAACGUCAAUUUCAAGGAGCUCGCACGGAAGUCGAACGUCAUUGCGGGGGGCGUUGAAAGGCACUUGCGUAAGGGACAGGAGGAGAUGGCAACUUCGUUCAACCAUCAGAUUCAACAACUCGGCCAGGACAUGUCCCGUAAACUCGAUUGCAUCGCCGCUGUCACGAGCAAGUGCCUGCUGGUGUCUGUCGAGAAGGACAUCCCAUGCCCCCGCCUCAUCAUGGUAUUGGAGGAUGUGUCGCCGGGGUCAGCGCUCUCACGUCUUUCUCAUUUUCGCCGGGACAUGGUCGACAAGUUACUUCGCAGGGAAGGGGAAGGGCCGGCGCCUCAGUGCUAUCGUAUUCGUUUCUUGUGUGCAUACGACUUGACAGCGGGCACCUGCGGAAAGGAUGGCCUCGGGUAUAAGGUCGAGAUCCAGGGCUGGCAAGAGUGGCUGAAAGCGUGCUUGCCGGUUAUCAAGGUGUCUCUCUGGCUCCUUCGCGUGGGCAUCUCUGUCGUUACUCGCGCGGAUGUCUUGCCGGUAGACGGUGUGAUAGAAACUCUCGAGGAGGUUGCUGGGGAGGAGGCAGCCGGAAUACUCGGGGAGAUCGACCUCGAAGGCCGACGCUCCAGCGGCCAGGAUCUUGUAGACAAGGUCAACGCCCAGGAGCAGGUUUUCGGCACGGCUUACGCCGAGUUAGCCAAGUGGGUGCAGCAGAGGGAGGACAAGAUUGGCGACGGGGGGGACGAUGCACAAACUGCAGGCAAUACCGUUGGCGGGGGAGCGGCAGAUGGGGGGCGGGGCUGCAGGUGGUUGUGCAGUUGGUGGCGUCGCUCUCACAACAAUACACCCGCACAGCCACCGGACGCCGGCUGUGCGAUGUCCGGGAAUGUCACUGGCGGAGUUCCAGCCGCUCCUGUAGCACCCGUGUCCACCGUCGCUCCGGCCGGUAAACGUAGCUUCGAAAGUGAUAUGGAACUCGCUUCUCGUCAGAGAGGCACCGAAGCGCCAGAAUGGGCGUGGGUGCGCCGUGUCAACAAAGACAAGUGGCAGAAGUUUCAGAGUCCCAGCCCCGCCCGCCCUUAG